GGAGGAGGUGGAGGAGGAGGAGGAGGAGGAGGAGGAGGAGGAGGUGGAGGAGGAGGGGAGAGGAGCGCGGCUCCCUCCGCCCCCAGUCGGGGACAGUCCGCUAGCGGCAGCGCAGAGCUGGGGCGGCGGUGCCGGGGACACCCGCUGCGCACCUCCCCGCUCCGCUCCGCACCGCUCCGCUCCGCUCCGCACCGCACCGCUCCGCACCGCUCCGAGCAGGGCAGCGCAGCGCAGCGCAGCGCGGCGGCACCGAGCCGGGCUCGCUCCGGGCAGCAUGGUCCCCGCGGCGGGACCGGCCGGGCGGCGGGGGGCGGCGGGCCGCAUCCUCACCCUGCUGGCGGCCGCAGCCAUCCUCCGCCUCCGAGCCGCAGGUGAAAUGGAAAUUCCAGAUUCAAAUGACCCCUUAGGUCAUGUGGAUGGACUUGAGAGACCAAUUCCAACACCUAAAGGUUACUUUCUGACCUUUUUGGAACCAGUAAACAAUAUCACUGUAGUCCAGGGGCAAACAGCAAUCCUCCACUGCAAGGUAGCAGGAAAUCCAUCUCCAAAUGUCAGAUGGCUAAAAAAUGAUGCUCCUGUGGUGCAGGAGCCAAGACGUAUCAUCAUAAGAAAAACAGAUUAUGGUUCACGUCUGAGAAUCCAGGAUCUCGAUACCACGGAUACAGGAUACUACCAGUGUGUGGCUUCCAAUGGGAUGAAGACGAUAACUGCAACAGGAGUGUUGUUUGUAAGGCUUGGUCCAACAAACAGCCCAAAUCACAAUCUUCAAGAAGAUUACCAUGAAGAUGGUUUCUGUCAGCCAUACAGAGGCAUUGCAUGUGCACGAAUCAUUGGAAACAGGACCAUAUAUGUGGACUCCCUCCAGAUGCAAGGGGAAAUUGAAAACCGAAUUACUGCUGCAUUUACCAUGAUUGGCACUUCCACACAUUUGUCUGAUCAGUGCUCACAGUUCGCUAUACCAUCGUUCUGCCACUUUGUGUUUCCUCUGUGUGAUGAGCGCUCUCGGACCCCAAAGCCACGGGAACUGUGCAGGGAUGAAUGUGAAGUUCUGGAGAAUGAUCUCUGUAGACAGGAGUACAACAUUGCGAGGUCAAACCCCCUCAUACUGAUGCAGCUGCAGUUGCCUAAGUGUGAGGAUCUCCCACGACCUGACACACUGGAAGCUGCCAACUGUAUACGGAUUGGGAUCCCUGUGGAGAGACUCAGCAGAUAUCAUCAGUGCUACAAUGGUUCUGGAGCAGAUUACAGAGGGACAGUCAGCGUUACCAAAUCUGGCCACACUUGUCAACUCUGGGACUCCCAGAGUCCCCACAACCAUGACCUGACAAGUGCACAGUUUCCAGAGCUAGGUGGAGGACAUGCGUAUUGCCGUAACCCUGGAGGUCAGAUGGAUGGGCCUUGGUGUUUUACAAAGAAUAAAAACGUACGCAUGGAACUGUGUGACAUACCUUCUUGUAGUCCACGUGACAACAGCAAAAUGGGAAUCCUCUACAUCCUGGUUCCCAGCAUAGCAAUCCCUUUGGUUAUUGCCUGCCUUUUCUUCCUGGUCUGUAUGUGCAGAAACAAGCAGAAGGCAUCUGCUGCUACACCACAGCGCCGCCAGCUGAUGGCAUCUCCUAGCCAGGACAUGGAAAUGCCACUCAUUAAUCAGCACAAGCAGGCUAAACUUAAAGAAAUUAAUCUGUCUACUGUACGGUUUAUGGAAGAACUAGGAGAGGAGAGAUUUGGAAAAGUCUACAAGGGGCAUCUUUUUGGUACUGCACCAGGUGAACAAACGCAAGCUGUUGCUAUCAAGACACUUAAGGACAAAGCAGAACUGGCUCUUCGGGAAGAAUUCAAACAUGAGGCAAUGAUGAGAUCACGAUUACAGCACCCAAACAUUGUUUGUUUGCUGGGAAUUGUGACAAAGGAACAACCCAUAAGCAUGAUUUUCAGUUAUUGCUCCCACAGUGACCUCCAUGAGUUCUUGGUGAUGAGAUCUCCCCAUUCAGAUGUUGGCAGCACUGAUGAUGACAAGACAGUCAAAUCCACUCUGGAACCAGCAGACUUCUUCCACAUCGUGACUCAGAUAGCUGCAGGAAUGGAGUAUCUUUCAAACCACCAUGUUGUUCAUAAGGACUUAGCCACUAGAAAUAUAUUGGUGUUUGAUAAACUGAAUGUGAAAAUAUCUGAUUUAGGCCUUUUCAGGGAAGUUUAUGCUGCUGAUUACUACAAACUGAUGGGAAAUUCCCUUCUUCCUAUCCGUUGGAUGUCCCCUGAGGCUAUUAUGUAUGGCAAGUUUUCUAUUGAUUCAGAUAUAUGGUCAUAUGGAGUUGUGUUGUGGGAAGUUUUCAGCUAUGGCCUGCAGCCUUACUGUGGUUAUUCUAACCAGGAUGUCAUUGAGAUGAUCAGGAACCGACAGGUUUUGCCAUGUCCUGACGACUGCCCAACAUGGAUAUACACUUUGAUGUUGGAGUGUUGGAAUGAAUUUCCCAACAGAAGACCAAGAUUUAAAGAUAUACACAACAGACUUAGAACAUGGGGAAACCUUUCAAAUUACAACAGCUCAGCACAAACCUCUGGGGCAAGCAACACCACACAAACAAGUUCUCUCAGCACAAGCCCUGUCAGUAACGUCAGCAAUGCUAGGUACAUUGGACCAAAGCAGAAAACUCCAGCUUUCCCUCAACCGCAGUUCAUACAAAUGAAAGGGCAGAUGAGACCGAUGGUCCCACCUCCUCAGCUCUACAUUCCAGUCAAUGGUUACCAGCCAAUGCCCGCCUAUGGUGCUUAUUUGCCAAAUUUUUACCCUGUCCAAAUUCCAAUGCAAAUGGCUCCUCAGCAAAUGCCCCCACAGAUCAUUCCCAAACCAGGCUCCCACCACAGUGGGAGUGGAUCCACCAGCACAGGCUAUGUAACAACAGCUCCUUCCAAUGCAUCGGUGGCCGACAGGGCUGCUCUGCUCUCAGAGGGCACAGAUGACACGCACAACGGAGCAGAAGACAUUGCUCAGAAUCCUGUCCAAGAGGAGGAGGAAGAGGAGGGGUCUGUGCCAGAAACAGAAUUGCUGGGUGAUAAUGACACACUUCAGAUGGACGAAGCAGAAAUUCAGUCUGAAGCCUAAGAAAUGUGGCCUCAUUACUAAGGAUUUCACAUCACUUCUGUGAUUGGAGACUGUAGAUCUUUAGGCUAAAGAUCAAUGAAUUUGAUUUGACUAAAAGAAGCACAACCAAAAAUCUACACCCAUGUAAAUUACAGCAAUAAUGAUAUAAUGGGUUUAUUGACCAUUGUCACCAUCAGCAUUUUGCAAAUAUGAUGGUAUGGAAUUGCUGGGUUUAAUCUUUUUUACAGUCCUACAGUUCUUGAGGGAAGCUGCUUUUCAGUAAUGUACUGUUGCUGUGCAACAUAUUGCUGAGUAGCAUUGCACAUCAUGUAUAUCAUGAUAUGUGAGUGUAAUGUUAGUGAAUUAUGCUUAAACCAAUAACACAAAAAGGAAUCCAACUACAGUUGCCCUCAGCAUAUAGAAGUGCCCUGGUUGUGAUGAACAGCUUAGUUUAUAGUAUUUAUCUCUUUGAUAUAAUGGACACAAGAUUGUUGUUUGCUUUUUGAGUCUGAAAAACUAACAAGUUGAGAAUACUGAUCCAUGGUUGUAUUAUAAGGAAAGUAGAGAAACCGAACGUAAAAUUGGCUGUGCUGAGUGAGACCAUGGGUCUGUCUAGCCCAUAUACGUGUCUCCAUAGACAGUCAAUAGUGCUUGCCCAGGGAAGAGUACAAGGGCAAUUUCCCUUGAACCAUUUCCCCAGGGUAUUUCUCCAGGCUCCAGCAACUUGUGGCGUAGGGACUUCCCAAGUCAGAGGUGGAAUUUUUUUUUUUUGUUGUUGUUUCAUUACCUUCAAUGGAAUUUUCUUCCAUGAAUUUAUCCAAAAUGAUUGGGAACCCACAAAAACUUAUAGCAUCCACAACAACCUGUGGAAUAACAUGAGAGAAGAGAGGAUGUCUUUCUUUCAUCAUUCCCAAUAAAUGACUGUGACAGAAGCUUCCAAAUGACAUCGUCUGACUGCAUUUGUGGAUGAAAGUAUUUCUUCUCUGCUGUGUAUUUUCAGCAGCAAGCAGCCUUAAUACACUGUUAAUCAAAAAUGGGGAUAUUGUAGGUAUGCACUAACUUAACAAUCCAACUUUAAUUGCAUAUUGGUUGUCAAGUAAAAAAGGCUCCACAUACAUGUUCCUACAUUGUAAAAAUGUUGGGGUUUGUGCGGGGUUAUAAACUCACUUGAUUUACUGCAAUUACUGCUGGAUUGCAUGUGAAACCAUGUGUUUUUUUUUCCUGCCUCUUUAGUGAAAAUGGUUCUUUGAACUUUAGAAGACCAAAAUAAGCAAUAUUGUACAGAGUGCUGGUUUUGUCUUCUAUUUGCAGGAUGAAUCAUGUACAGACCUUAAAAUGUAAUUUAUGUUUUACUACAUUUUAUAUGCUUUUUUCUUUGAAAUAUUUGGAUUUUUUGAACAAAUGACUUUAUAACUUAAUCAUUUACAAUAUUCACAUGUGGUACAGUUUUAUUGUAUUGCUGUUUCCUUUUGUUAAACAUGCAGACAGGUCCAUACAUUUCACGACUCUUUCUGUAAUACAAGAAAUACACAUUCUCGUUGUAGUAUUGUAGCCAACACACACUAUAGCUAUAAGUUGUACGUCCAGAACAUGGAGUAUUCAAUAAAGUAAUGCAAAAAGUAUGAUUAAGUAUGUUAUCUUUAUAGUUCCUACAGCUGUUUUUUUGUUGUGGUACACGUCAAAGUAGAAAUGGCCACAGUCCCUUAGGUUACAGAUAUCAUGCCUAAACUAUUGAUUGUUUUGUUGUGCGUGUUUUUUUGUUUUGUUUUUUUUUAAUUACAUGGGGAUACAUUUUAAGUCAUGUAUCAUUGUGAU